AUGCAGGAGGCAGAAGAUGCACUCGCCCCCCUGCUGAGAUGCCUUGCUGGCAUGUUGUUGCAGCUGGCCGUUUCCAAGCCCCGAGCCGCGCAGCUUUUUGCAGGACGACUGCAUCAGGCCGACCCCUUCCGGAAGCACGGGUGUUCUGUUGCGUGUUUUCAGGGGUUGCUUUGUGUCGUGGUUGGGGUUGACAGGAAGCUGGAGUACUACGCAGAGCACGGCCUUGUAGAUCACGGCAACGUCGCCGUUUGGGAGCAUGCUGGCAAGGCGCUCCAGGCGUCUUUCAUGUCGGAUGACGAGGAGGCCCGGCUCUUUCAGAUCCAGGAGCGCAUUCCGCUGUGGGUGUCCGAAUGUCUCCCGAUGGUAUCCAGGCCUUCGAGUGCGAUUGUACCAUUUGCUCCAGCACUGGAGGUGGAGGAGGGAAGCAUGCGCAAGAGCGCCUCCCAUGGCGGGCUUCCGCGGGAUCCAAAGCGCGAUCCAAAGCAGCGGCGGGCCCUUCUGCGCCACAUCGACUGCAUCAAAGCAGGCUUUCCGGAGAUCGUGUGCUUCGAGCAAACGGGUCAACGUCUCCGAGCCGAGGAUCGACACGCGCAGCUUUCUUCUGCCCUGCAGAAGGGAGAUGCCGAAAGUGUGCAGAAGCUUUGUGCCGUGGCGCUCUCGGAUCCGGCCCUGCAAGGGACGGAGCUCGUCUGCAGCUGCAAGAAGCUGCUGCGGCACCUCCUACACUUUCGCAAGCUCUUGAAGGAUGGCCGUUCCUUCCUGCAGGGGAUUCCCUGGGACUAUCCGGCGGAGCAAGUUGACAUCAACCUCGGUUUGCUGCGGAACUCCCAGUGGGGUCCCGGAGUCUGGGACGAGGACCUCGUGGCCAAAGCCAAGAUUAUGAAGGACGCCGAUCUGUUGAAGCUUUUGCGGUCCGUUCGGCCGUUAAACGACGAUGGCUCCCUGAAGACGCGCGUAGAUCUUCAUCGCUGCGUACGAGCCUGGUUGACUCUCACUGAAGCAGGCGUGUUAAGUGAACACCUCUCAAGGAUGAUUCUCUUGCGGCUGUGCGAAUGUGGCAAAGCGGGUGUCGCUUUGGGAUUGGCCCUCGCCGAGCCGUGGUUUCUUUUGCAAUACCACGGAACCACACAGAUGGCCUUCGUCAUGGAGGAGCUCUGGAAGCACCUCUGGAAAGGAGCGCAGCUCAAUAAGACGUCUGAGCUGAAGGUCGUGCCCAUCCUCCCAGGACGAGCCUCGGGGCUGGGUGAUCUUUCUGGAUAUGUACGAGCGCAACAGCGGGAGUUGCUGCUGAAAGGCCCGCCAGGUGUCCUGAGCACCGCGCGGAGAAUCUUGGAUUCAGAAGUGGGUGCUGCAGCGGAGCCGGGGCCUCGCGAUGCCGAAGCCGCCCGGCUGGCGACGGUGCUCUGCGUGAUCCCGACCCCUGCGCUGCUGAUUUUGGGGCAUCAAGGGCUCUUUCCGACGGUGCUUCAGCACUGUGCUGAAGCUCCGCUCGCAGCGGCGCUGCAGGUCUGCGCUGCGGCCGUCGGUCUCACACUCACCUGGUCUCCGAAGAGGUCCGAGUCCGAGGCCCUGCCAGAGCCGGCGGAGUCCGCGGAGUCCGCGGAGUCGGAGCCGAGAGUUGAAGAGUCGCCGAAGGGCUCCCCGAGGGGCUCCAAGGGCUCCGCGAAGUCCGCGGACGCCUUCGCGGACGCCUUGGGCGCGUCGCUCCUGGCGGCCGCGGAGCAGCUGCAGCGCAUCGGCUAUCCCAAGGAAGCGAGAAACCAGGAGCAGGCUGGCAUGAAGAUGAUCUUGUCAGCCUGUGCCAAGGACAUCGAGGACAAGAAACAGUUGACAAUUGAAGUCUCCUAUCCAGACGAGUUGUCCAAAGAUCUGCUGCACUCUGAUCGCGAUGCUGGAGGUCGUGUGUUGAAGCGUCAGAUGCAGCAUGCCCUCCUCGCCGGAAAUGCGGUGAGUGCCACGUCUGAGGUACUGUGGCAGCCUUUUCUGCACCGAGGGAGGGUUCAAAUCCAGGAGCUCACGGGGGCGCUGGAAUCGGUGCCAGAAGCAGGAGAUGCAAGGCCGAUGUACCAGAAGUCGCCGCCGGUUCCAGUGCUUUGGCACAUCUCGCCGGAAAACUUCCAGCGGCGCGUGUCGCGAUUGGACACGAGACAGCUGGUAUUGGCUCUCCGCUAUGCAGCUGCUGACGGCGCGGGCUUGUUGGCUGGUGGCAGCAGCAGGGACCCUGCUGCGCAGAGGGCACUCACUUCAGCGACCGGACAGCUGCCGCGCCGGCACCGAAGCCGCAGCCGCGCACAGCAGUUCGUUGGUGCCCUGCUGGAGGAGCUCGUGGAGAGGGUUCCAAGUUUGAGGCCAGCGCAGGCUUGCUCGGCAGUAAAGAGCAUCGCCUCGCUGAAAGCGCUUGCGGGCGCUCCGCUUGCAUCCUCAGUGCUGGAAGCGCUCGCGUCGGGCCCGCUCGCUGGGUGGAAGAUCGCCACGACUUUGAGACCUUGUGACGUGGCGCUGUUGCUGCAGGGUUGGUCGCAGCUCGCGGAGGAAGGGUCAGGUGCCCCGCUUGAAGCAGCUCGGCAUCUGCUCCGUCACGGCGCAGCGCCGAGGCUGCUGGCGCUCUCCAGCUGUGCCCUGCAGGAGGCCGGGGCGCCGCCGCCGACGCUCGGGUCGAUGUGCGCUGGUGCCGCGCAGUUGGCCAUCUGGCAGCGCUCGGAAGGCGAGGCAAUGGCAGUCUCAACGCGGAGAUGCGCGGAAGCACAGCUGCAAGAGCUGCGUGGCUUCGUGGGCCCGUCACCCUCUUCACACAAGCAGCCUGACAUCGCCUCCGGAUCCGGUGCGGAUGCUGUGAAGGUGCUGCGGACUGCGGCAGGGGCCGUCGAAGCGAAUGAAAAGGAAGCCGAAGGUGUCGAGCUGAGUGAUGGCGUCACCACGGGGGAGGCACAUGGUCUUGAUGAGCUUCUGCCGGAUCUGGUGCGACAGCUCGCAGCCGCAGAGCCUUCGGACCCGUACCAGUGGGGGCCCGACGUUUCGUGCCUUUGCAGCCUCUGA